AUGAAUAGUGCGCGAGACCUGCGCAUACUCAGCAUCGUCAGCAGCCGCUUCUCCAGCCUCAAACUCAAAUUCGGCAGUAGAUCUGAGAUCUUUGAGGAUUUUUCUCAUUGAAUCAGUUUAAAAAAAGAUAUACAUAAAAGUUUCAGGAUACGACAGCCUCGAAUAUCUCUGGUAUAUCGCUGUAAGUUCAUUAAUCGUUUUUCAUUUUGCUUGUCUUUAUCGGUGCAGAAGGAGGUCGGGGAAUUUGACUUGCAUUUAGAACUGCAGUGAGUUGUGUUCAGCCUAACAGAGGCAGAAUCCAGUCCACAUAGAUGGUAGAGGAGUUGCAACGAUCCGUGAGUGGAGUAUGUGGAGUUUGUUAUUGAAAAUUAAGACGAUUUAGGGAGGCAUCUGCUGUGGUAUGAUAUUUUAUGUUUUUGUCGAGGUUGUUUCAGCACUGGAAAUCGCUCAGAAUAUAGAAUCAUACAGUUGCUUAAUAGGCUACUCGCCACGCACGAAUUGAAUUAGACUACUGGUCAUGUUUAAGAUGAGCCUUGAGAAAUGUCAGUUGCAUGCUAAAUAUCUCCCUGAACUCAAUAUAUUUAUACUGCGGAUGCAUUUCCACGGAAUAAUUUAGAAAGUGUGGUUGUAUGGGAUUUUUACGCUAAACUGCAUUAUCCCUGCUUCAUCAAAUCCUUGUCAACUAACGGAAUUUUAACAGAACAUUGCACGUCCUUUGCACAGCUUCGGUCUCAGCAUAUUCCAGUGCACAUUGGAGGAAUUGAAGCGAGUAACAGGCACAGUUUCUUCUAUGUACGUUUUAUUGACAGGUUAUUGUAGUCGUUUGUUGGAUAAUGGUGUAGCUAUUGAUUACAGCGUCUUUUUCGUGGGUAAUUAAUUGCUGCCGUGGGAAACAUCGUUAUAUAUAUUUUUAAUGGGUUCAAUUAAACGGGCAUCUGGCAAACAAUUGUCUUUGCAUAACGCAAUAACGUAGCCUACCACUUAACAUCCUCUGAAACUGGGUUGACAUGACGAUGUUGGACGAAGAUGAAAAUGGGUGAAUAUAAGAGGAUUUGGUUUAAUAUUGCGGUACCGCCGCCUUUCAAUUGCAGGCUAUGAGUAAGCUAUAAUACAAGUGCUAGGAUAACACACGACAUACAAUACUAUAUAACCGGUAACGUGUUUGAUUAUUUUCCGCAAUUAUUGAUCGCAAUAUGCGUGCGUAAUGUGUGUCGUCAGAUUAUGAGAAAUAUAUUCUUCAUAAUGGAAUGUAGUCCUUUUUGAAGCAACGGAUACAUCGCCUCCAAUCUAUCAAAUUCAUUCAGACGCUCUCUCACUAUCUUUAUUUUUAGGCAAAUAUAUGAAGGAUAAUAAAUAGUGGGACUAAUUCAUGACAUAUGAGCUGGCGGAUGCAGUUCAGGUUGUGAGCAUAUGGCUAACUUGUGAAAUAUAUAGUGCUUUGAGGUUCACCAAAUCUUAAUUGAAGUAGUUUUUUUUUGUGUGUGUGCAAAAGCUGGACACUAAUAUAAACCAAAAGAUACAACAUAGUUAUUGGGAAAGGCUGGUCUUAGUAGAAAGUUGGCUGCCUCUUAUUCUCCUUGAUCGUCUUGGUUUGAGGAUCCAUCAACGCCUCAAUUGUGUCUUGUUUGAUUCUCUUUUGAUCCAUUCAUGUCAAUGCUAGCCUACUGUUGUAUUUUAUGAUGUAUUGUUAUUGUUGUCUUCCUCCUUCAGUGGCAAACCACUCUCCAACCAUGGGUCGACGGACAGGAACGGCCAUACUAUGUGUGUGGGCCUGUUUGCUGAUGGCCAAUGUGCUUUGUGGGAAAAGGUAAGGUGGGCUUCGACCACACAGACAUAACAUUCGCUGAGCUAGAUUUGGCCCAGGAAGGAGAAUCACAGUGUUCUGUUCUAUGCUCUAGUUACAACGACAAUAUAUUUGUCUCUCAAGUCCCCAACAGAGCGGAAUUAGAAUUGAUUUUGUGAUGUGCAAUCAUGUCAUGUUGGCGUCCAUCCCUCACUGACAGUCUGUGAGAAAACAAUGUAAUGAUUAUGUUUCGCCAGCUGACCAUAUUUUUCCUUUGUGCCUAACUCUCUAGGAUGGCAGUAAUUAGGCCAUCACUUCAGGACGCCACACUGUAAUUGCCAUGAGGUAAUAAGAGGUGAACACGAGCUGGGGCUGAUUUUCCCAAAAUAGCAAUUACUGUGUUAAUGUUUCCAUUGGCUCAGCAGCAACAUGGGACAACACUGAAUAUUCAACCAAAGUAGAGAAGUGCAUGUCCCAGAUGUUCUGUCAUUUAUUCAAAUGAUGUAUGUGUCUCAUGUGAGGGUAGUUCAAUAUAGAAAGUCAGACGUGGGAAUACAGAUGGGGUCUGUGCCCUGACCACACCACUCAGUACCACGGUGUGAUGGGUUGAGAGAUGACAGCAAUAUGUGGUUUUGAAAUGUGAUUGUCACACUAUUAAUCCUGCCAUUGAAAGGACAGACAUUUGCGUGUACACCUCAAUACUAAUCCAGUCCUAGGAUAAACUUAGAGAAGUUUGACAUUGAACCAAAAUUAUGCAAAUAUCAAGGAUUCACUAUUUGCAAAUGAAGCCGUAUAUGCUAGAUACUCAUAUAGCAUGAAGAUGCUCGACUCUUAAAUUAAUAAUGUUUGGUCUUGCUAUUCUGCAAGCCUAAAUUAUUUAGUUGAACUGUCAGAGUCAUUCACUGAAGUUGACUUAAAUGGUUAUUUAUUGAGAUAUCUUGGCCUUUUGCCUCUCGGUCACUGUCCUAUGUACACUUAGAGUAAACACCACAGUUUAUAUGCUGAAGAACAUAUGUGUAGAUGGAAUAUGUACUCGAACAUGCGUGCAUAUCUCAUCAGUCUAAUGAAAUUGCCAUUUAAGGAUUUAUUUUCAGUGAGCUGUGACAUUCUCCCCAGUAAUCAACCGUGAGUUGAAUGUAUUUUAACUGCACUGCUUCAAGGAUGGCCCAUUUAACCAAUAAACACCUCCCCUGAUUACUCUACCUUACAACUGUCACUAUAAACUGCAGUGUAAUUAUUAACUAGUAAUUCACUGUAUUUACCGCUAGAACUCAAACACAAUCAUUGGAGGGUUUUUAAACAGGCGCAAUAAUCAGUUGUGCACACAUUGUAUUUGUGUUGUGGAUAGAGAGAAGGACCAUAUAAUGGGGUAACUAUAGUGUUUGGAAGAAGGUCUAGAGAGAGAGAGCUCCAGAGUUUGUGGGAUGGCAGGCAGGCUGAGGCUGCAGCAGCAUGCAGCAGAGGGCAGUACCGUUGCUGUUCAGAUGACCUGUAGAUGGGGAUGGUGUACAAUGUUUUAUGAGGAAGUGGCCCCGUCAGCUCAUAAACAUCCAGUCCAUUGCUCUCUGCUUAUCUGCACCCCUCCCCCCCCACUCUGCUGUUCCCCUCCUCGACCCCCCCAAUCCCAAAUAUACCCUAUGUCAAGUGCAUUUUUUAUUGUUGCGCACUUGAAAGCCCUCUGAGGCAUCCUUGUAUGUUUGCUGUUGUGGUUUUUUGUAAGGAGGAUAUAAUGAACUUAUCUGAUGGAAUGUACUGUAUCUCUGUGAUAAAUGGAAGAAAAUCUUCGGCAUGUUGUGUUUACAAGCGAGCAGAAAAUAAAAUGUGUGUGUGGGGAGAGGGGACGUGGCGGGGGGGGGGGGGGUAUUUUAGGGAGAUUUUAGUUAUUCAGCCUCACAUGACCCUGCAUGUAGUUUCUCAUAUCUUUGUUUUGGUGGCCUGGCUCUUGAGCUAAGGCAAGGAAGGCUUUGCCAUAUCUUAAAGUUUGACCCAAAACGUAGAAUGUAUGCCCAACGUGUGAUAUCAGAUGCUUAUUCUAAUUGCUUGUUCCAUUAUUUAUCAUAAUUCUUAAUAUUAUUUAGAUUCCCUAAAAGUAAUUUUAGCAGGAAGUGGCAUUUGAACAAAUCACCUAUGUGGUAAUGAAUGGUGUGUUAAUGUCAUAUUAACUAUAUUGUUCCUGCAGUGAUGUGAGUAGAAUGUCCUUAUUUAGAAGAAUCGUUUAACAGCUCACAUUUAAAGCCGUGUGAUCUGCCGCUCCCGCCCCUCCCCCUUCUCAUUCAUUCUCUCUAUCUCUCUCUCUCAUUUGUGGCUGCCAGCAUGCAUAUCCUCUCAGCUAUUCUGUUGACUCCUCCUGCUACUCGCUACUUCAGAUUCCCCACCUUUCCAUCCCUUCACCGGUCAAUGCUAACUAAUCUUGAUGACCUUCCCUUCUCCUUGGAGCUGUGUUCUGAGCAGAGCUUGUUUCCAAACACUGGGGACUGUUUAUUUACCAUGCAAUCAAACCAAUGUGGCCUGCGACUGGGCGGUUAAAAUGGAAGAUGAUUGCUCAGAGGCAAACGAUUAUUUAUGAGAAAGGCUUUCCUGUGAUUAUUUUGAGAGGGAGAGAAGAAAUCUCUCCCACCCCUUCCCAAGCCGAGUAUUUCCUUCUCCAUCCACACCUCCUGUUGAUAAACUACAAAUGUACACUACAUGAUUAAAACUUUGCUACUGAUUACUGUGUUGAAAUAUUAAUGAGUGGUGAUGUUAACUCUGCUCACACAAUUACUGAUUGUGAGUGUUCUCGGUUUGCCUUAAGCAUUUAGUUUCAUGUUGCACAAAGAGCAAACCCAAUUAGUCCUUUGCUGUUAAAAGGCCACAUUAAGGUAUAAUGCAUUAUGAGUUCUGCAUGUGUACAAUGUCAUGCCCUGUGGAUCAAAUAAACGUAUUUCUCACAUUCAUAUGGCUUUAUAAUAAUUCUGUUUCAUCCGAGGAAGUAGAUUUUAGAGGAUCAAGAGAAGUUGCUCAGCUGGGAUUUUGCUCCAACACUCCUGCAUCAAUUCACUGAAUUCACUGUCCAAAAUGACUCUUCCUUUUCGUCAGCUCUGGACAGAAUGGCCAGACAGAUGAGCAGAAAGACAACACCACAGUGUUCACCCGGAUCCUAGACCGUCUCCUAGAUGGCUACGACAACCGUCUCAGACCAGGGUUGGGAGGUACAGUACUGUACAAUGGUUUCUCACCAACUCAUAACAUUCUCAAGUUAGAGCUGGUAGGAAAUAAAAGGGUGAUGAUGAGUUACUUGGAUUUAUGCAAUAACAUGGUUAUUGCAUGCCGUAAAUUACCUUUACAGCAGCUAAUUUUCGGAAUCCUUUGUUGUCUUAUUUGGAAUUGAUGGCACGAGAUUGCACCACCCUGUUGGUUUACUAUUGGUCAUUUGCCAAUACUAUUAAUUGGAUGAUAGUACUCCAGAGCACAUAAAAAAGGGAGGGCUGGAGUCCUUUGUCCUGCUUGAAGAAAAAUAAAUCGGCAUUUCAUUCGCUUAUCGUCACAAGCAUCCUCAUAUCUUUCUUUUUUCUGCCUUUGCACUCAUAUCAGUGGAAUCUACAGGAGGGCGAUUUACUGUUAGCUAUUUCCUUAGAAGCAUGAUAUCAAGAACAAGUAUCUUUUGAAAAUGAAAGCAAACAGAAAAUAAAGACCCUUGGUGAAUAACUUAACUAAUUAUUUUGAGAAAUAGUGUAUGGUGUAGAUAUUCUCAUUGGGACCUUGGGGAGUUUUGGCUCUUUUCAUGGAAGUGUACUGUGAAAGACAGUUGUUGCCUAUACUGCUCUAGAUUCAACUCAACUUGACAGAGUAAUGGAGAGAUAUCUAGGCCUACUGGAACGUGAAGGGUAUUUGUAUGGAAUUGAUUCUCAACUGGCUUACCUGGUUAAAUAAAGGUGAAAUAAAAAUAAAUAAAUAAAAGUAUGGAAUUGAUAGUGUGGGGGCAUACAGACAAGAGAAUAUUACAUUUUCAGUGGCAAAUGGAGAGAAAUUAAACAUUAUGAUUGACACCAUUCCUGAUGUAAAUCAUGUUGCCAUUUUCCACUUCAAAACAUAAUGCUGUACAGAUGAAGGUACUCAAAAUACGUCAGACCAGGUGAAAUUUGAUCUCAGCCAAGAGAUUUGAAAAUACAUGAAGAGAUUGCAUCAGUCCCUAGGUAAUGGUCCUGACCCUGAAACGGAGAACUGCAGAAAUGGUUAUUGACCUCAAAAUCAGGAUUGUAAGGUGUCAUUUUGGAAGGGGGCUCUGUGAAAAUUAGGGAAUGAUACGAUCAAAGGGCAAUGCUCCCCAGGAUUACGUGCUAGUUAGAGCUAAUGAGGAGCCCUGAUCGACACUCACUCUCCUAAUUUCUUGGUUCAACAGAGCGUGUAACUGAAGUCAAGACUGACAUUUUCGUGACGAGUAUUGGGCCCGUCUCGGACCAUGACAUGGUAUGCCCGUCUUUCCUCUCUGUUAUUCCCCUCUCUGAAAUGUCACCAGUUCUGUGUCCAUGUUCUCCCCUUAACCUCUUUUGAUGUGGUUUCAAAGGUAAAAUGUUUAUAAAUUUGAUCAGCCCCAUUAGUUUUCGACAUAAAUGAAAUGUCACGAGCAAGGAAAUGUUAUUAGACCAAUUGGCUCAUUCAUUUCCCAGAUAAAUGCAACUUGUAGUCUUAAACAGAAUUAUAUUUGUAUGUCCAAUUUUAUUGCAUGGCAUGACCCAAGCGGAGAGGGCUUGGUAUUGAUGUGGGUAUAAUGACUUUGGAUCUUGUAUAGCCUUUGUCUUUAGAUUUGGCCAUGAUGUACAGUGUAUUAGCAGGUGCUUGGGACUAGAUUGCAAAGCCCCAGCUCGUGUCCCAAAUGGAACCCCUACUUAGUGCACUACUUUUGACACAUUUUAAUGGAGCCCAAUUGGCCCUGGUCAAAAGAAGUGCACUUUAUAGGGAAUAGGGUGCCAUUUGGGAUGCAGCCACAGAGAACAGAUGCUAUGGUUAUGGCCAGAGACAUUACCCUUCCUAUGGCUAUCAUGACUGGAUAAUGUGAUUUGAUAUAAUCACACUCAGAGAUAUAAACUGACAGUGGAAUGAUUAGACUAGUCUUUGCAAAAUCACCCUUCAGAAUGUUCUACCUGUUCUCCUCAAAUGAGCCAAACGCAAUUUCAUUGACCAAAAGUCGGUGUACCUACCAUUUGAAAAAUCUAGUUGGAUAUUGAAGAGAUAUUCUUUAUUGAAUGGCAACAGCGAUGGUGAGAUUGAUUUAUUAAUCAUUGCUCUGUUGAGAUGUCUUCUUUAACCACUGUGGAUGAAUCAUAGCGUCAGUAUAAAACAAUUACUAAUCUGACUCUGCGUAAUGUACACAGGAAUAUCAAGUCCCGGGACAUACAGUAUGUGAAACACACUCUCUCUCUUUCUCUCUCUCUGCCUCUGAUAUUGUCUCGCAAUCUUGAUGAAGGUUUGGUAUUGGUGCACUUGAACCGUGUGUAUUUGACGUAUUAUGAUUUUAUUACUGAACAUGCUCUAACAUAUGGACCUGCACUUUUUACUGCUGCGCAACUUCACAGUAAGUCACGGAAUGGGCUGGCCAAAAGGAACAGCUACAGUAGCUACCAUUUCCCUUUCCAGUCCAUUUCCAUUACCUUGCAGCUCUGUUACCGUUCACACUAAUUAACUCACGGCCGGGGAAAAAUAGAGAACCGGAACGUUGUAAAUUCACUGGCUAGCUAACUCCGUCAGGCAUUCUGAAAUAAUUCAAAGCUGCUCUUAGCCAUGGCGAUUAGUGCAUGUUAGAGUGAGAUAUCAUGCCAGUGUUUGUAUUUUUUGGUGUGCUUAAAUCUAGAGCACUGUGCUUCUUCCUCAUGUUUAUUGACGACACAUUCAUGAGGACAAGCUGGAAGGAAGAGAUGGAAGCUACUCCACCAGUUAGAUAGACCUACCUUUGUUGAAGCCUCUACCUUGACAAGACAAGACAGUCACCAGCAGGAUAAAUAGGCAAUUGCUGCUACAUGGAAGCCUAAGUGAUGUGUGAGAGAACAAAAGUAUUGAAAAGUGGGAGUGUGCAUUACUCAGCAACAGAUAUAGGAUGACUAGGGACAACCUACCUCUCCUGGGUCCUGACCUUGCCUUCUCUCUCACAGGAAUACACCAUUGACGUGUUCUUUCGUCAAAGCUGGAAGGACGAGCGGCUAAAAUUUAAAGGUCCAAUGUCUGUUCUCCGUUUGAACAACCUGAUGGCCAGUAAAAUCUGGACCCCUGACACAUUCUUUCACAAUGGCAAGAAGUCUGUGGCCCACAACAUGACUAUGCCCAACAAACUCCUACGAAUCACAGAGGAGGGAACUCUGCUCUACACUAUGAGGUAAGAGAACACAUUUGUCUGUUUUUGUUAUAUUAGUUUUAGGAAGAGGUAUUUUUAACACUGUAACUGGAAAUCCUUACUGGAAAGCAGAACAUGAUUUUCUCUACAGACAAUAGUCAUAAGUCUACCAGUCCCAUGAUGAUCAGUAUAUUGUAUUGUUUUUGUAGUUUCUGCUCUAGAAAAUAAUGUUGGUAUCCAGCAAAUUAUUUAUCUUUAAAGAGAUUGUAUACUGUAGUGGGGAGCGCUAAGAUAAGACCCAUAGUGAGUAGAGUGAGUAGUGUAGAAUAUAGUGGUAGAGUGGAGGCCCUUUGUGGGUUUUCAUUUGAGCUGAAACAUUAUAAAUAAUGGUCUCAGACGUGAACUUCCAAUGCUCACAAAAUGGAGCUAACGUGUGGGUCACAGGGGGUGGCCAUAAAACCUUCUUUAACAUGUUUAUUAGCAGAUAAGGACACAGUGUGAGUUCAUAUUUAUGGCGUAGAGAUGAUGAAUGGGUGACGUGUCAUGGCUGGGUUGACGUUCCCUUUUUCACUGUGUUGUCAGGAAAAGGCUGCAGCUCAGAGGUUUGCAGCAUUGUCCCUCCCUGCCAUUUUUUAUUUCUCUCUCUUUCUCUCUCACUUUCUCUCUCUUUGUCUCUCCCUCUCUCUUUCUCUUUUUCUCUCUAUGUAUCUUUCCCUCGCUCCCUCCCUCCUUCCAGACUGACAGUGAGGGCGGAGUGUCCCAUGCACCUGGAGGACUUCCCCAUGGACGCCCAUGCUUGUCCACUGAAGUUUGGCAGCUGUGAGUGUUUCCCCCUUUCUCUAUCUCUCUCUCUUUCCCUUCCGACCGGAAACGCGCUUCUCGUACCUGAUAGGAGCUGACAGUGGCGUUACAGCUGUUCUCCGGCAGGAUCUGACCUCCCAGGCCCCGCUGGGCCUCGCUAGGUGCACGGCAGGGCGGAGACCUCUGUUUAUCGGAUGCAGUAGUCCCUGUCAUACUUUCAGCGCAUCGUGCCAGGUGCUCAUGGCUGCCAGGUCUUCUGACCCCAAAUCAUCCUUGAGAAGUGAAGAAAGAAAGAGAGAGAGAGAGAUCGAGAGAGAGAGAAAGAGAGAAGAGAGAAAGAGAGAGUGAGAGAGAGAGGAGCCCGACAAUGAUGAGUCAGUCUGUUCGGAAUAACACAGCAUGAAUAAAAGACCAACCCUCAACUUUAAACUGGCUUGCUAAAUAUUUCAGUGAUGAGGCUCCUCUGCAGUACAACUCCUCUGCAGUGCUGAAGCAACACUGCACUGUGGAUGGCUUUGACAUGUCAGAGGGUUCGCCAGGAGGGAGGAAAUCUGACUUGGCUGUUUAAAGGUCAGUCAGAUUGAGAUGUUGUUUGUUUCUCUUCCCCUCUCUCUUCUCCCUGCCAGAUGCUUACACCAGAGCUGAGGUUGUGUACGUGUGGACGAGAGGGGCAGCCCAGUCUGUUGUGGUGGCUGAAGAUGGCUCUCGGCUCAACCAGUAUGAUCUGAUGGGGCAAAGUGUGGACUCUGGGGUUGUCCAGUCCAGCACAGGUUUGAUUCCCUUGUUUCCCUAAACCUCCCUCUCCUUUCUCUCCAAAAAGCUGCAUCACACUUCCACUGCUUUACGUUUGUAGGCUUACUUUGAGAACAUGUCCCAGAUUUGUAAUUUCCCUUGUGGGCAUCACAUCAUUUCUCUUCUUUUUGGUCCAUUGAUGCUGCAUGGCAUAAUUAGUGACAGUGUAAAAUGGGUGACCCCUUUACAGUGAGUUUAGCUGCAGGCAGAAAGGUAGUGCUUAAGACCAUAGAAAUCUAUGCUUAAGACAGCCUUUACUGUUUCUUUAUUGGUCGGUGUUUGAAAGUGACAAUACCUAUCUCAUUAAAUUGUAUAUGCUAAUUCUGAGGUACCAUUGAUUUAUCAAAACAAAUGUAAUUAAUUUUGCAUGGCCAUUGAAUAAGUGCAUAUUGAUUCCUUUGUUUAUGUCUCUGUCAAACAUAAAGAGCCAAUUUAUUACUACCUAAUUAAUUCCCAUUGCUGUCGCAGAGAAUUCUCUAUGUUAUUGCUGUCAAUGCACUGAUGGUUAUGCCACGUUACUGAGUUAGUUGAUAAAUGAGACCUUUAACAAUACUAAUAUAUCUCUAUGGCAACAAAACACCAUGCUCGUAACAUGGCAAACCACUCUAAAGCACACAGACAGAUUCCUCUCUAGUAUGAUAUAAUAGUCUGGGGGGGGGGGGGGGGGGGGGGGUUGAUUCAGAUUCAGAGUGUUUAAUAGUUGCAUGUACAGGGGUUGCAGGUGUGAUAGUAGGGUACAGUGAACAUCUUAGGCUCUGAGCUCCAACAUGAUGCAGUGAUGCAGACAGAACUGCAAUCUCACAAAUUUUUUUAGUAUAUCAGAUCAAAUGUGUAGGAUUCACAGGAGCACAAGAGCUUUAUCAAGUGGCCUUCCAACUGGAAAUGACACAAUAACUUCUCACGCAUCAUUCUCUGUUUCAACCUCUCCAUCCUGCCCGACAACAGGAGAAUAUGUUGUCAUGACGACACACUUCCAUCUGAAGAGGAAGAUUGGUUAUUUUGUCAUCCAGACGUACCUGCCCUGCAUCAUGACGGUAAUCCUGUCCCAGGUGUCCUUCUGGCUCAACAGAGAGUCCGUCCCAGCCAGGACUGUGUUUGGUGAGUCCCUGCUACUUCAUACCAAACGUAAACCAGUUGACAUCCAAUUUACACAGUCACCACACACAGUGUUAACUAACCACAGCAGGCCUUCACACCAGAGGGAACAGUGUGAUCUUCGUCACAUUGCCUUACUAACGUCCCUUCACAUGUAGCUCUGAAAUCAAUUACUAUAGUAGCAAUGUUGAUAGAGGAGGCCUGGUGCCCAUCAAUUAAUGAGCUUGUAUCAAAGCGAAGGAAAAGUAACACUGACACUCGCUCACAUUGGUUGGUUUCCUAAAGUCAGUAUCAAACCAGAUUGGUUGAAUCCUCUUAUUACGUCUGAGUUCUAAACCUACUAUAUUCUGGAGCACUGCACCAGCCAGAGGUGCAUUAAUUCUUGAUUCAACAGUGGCUGCAGUGGAAUUUCAAGUUCUACGCUGGCUGAGUGUGGCUGUGAGUAUGGAUGUGCGUGUGUGUGAGUGAGUGCACUGUGUGUGUGUGUGUGUGUGUAUGUCUGAGCUCUUACGCAACAGCGUCCAAAAGGAAUGCUCUUGUUCGUCAGUCUGCAGCAUGCUGCUCUGUAGCAGAACAGAGCGGCGGUUAGCUGGGCUGUCCUUGCUUUACCUCCCACUCUCUAUGCGCAUCGCCCAUGUCAGUGUCUCCCAUGGCUGAGUAUUUAAAGGAGCUUUCCGAGCUACAUAAUAAAGCAUCUUUGUGUCCCCUGUAGCUCAGUUGGUAGAGCAUGGCGCUUGCAACGCCAGGGUUGUGGGUUCGUUUUCCCACGGAGGGCCAGUAUGAAAAUAUAUGCACUCACUAACUGUAAGUCGCUCUGGAUAAGAGUCUGUUAAAUGACCCCAAAAAAAAAGUAAAGGUGAGUGUGAGGCAGAGGAUUUUUCAACAGCAACCCUAGCCUGUACUGUGUUUGCUUCAGGGUUCCAGUGGUGCUGUUAUGUAGCCUACCUGGUGCUGUUCAUCACGUGGCAGAAUGAGGAGUAGGGGAAUGAGGUUGACCUAGAUGCAUAGCACUAUCUGGAGCGUGUGUCUUCCUCAUGUCAUGUACUGUACUUCUGUCUCUGGGAGCACAAAACUCAUCCACUGUACUCACACUACAAUUAGCUAUUCAGUACUCAUUAUUUCAGGCAAGAGAUGGGCAUGUUUCAAGAGAUAGGCUAGGUCAAUGGCAUAUGUCAUUGAUAAUAAAUAAUGUACAAUGAAUGAUGUGAGGGGCAGUUGGUAUGUUUUAUUGUGAAGUUAAUCAUUAGGCUGUUGACAAAAAGCCAAUUCAUGUUUAUUUGUUGAAUGAAAGAUUCCAAUAAUCAGCUGUACAAGCUUGUAUUCCAAACUGUAGUUCUAAUGUUUUAUACUGAUGUUUAGAACAAGUAUGUCUUCACAACUCUUGCAAUGUAACUUGUUCAAGUCUUUAAGAAAUAAUUAGUGAAAUUAAUAAGUAGUAUUUGUCUCAUCAAAACAUAUUAGCUAGCAUAUUAACUAGCACAAGAUGUAAGGUAUUGCCUCCUGGUUGAUAUCCGAUGUAGGGGUUCUGUGUGAGUGAGCAAAGACGGCAUAUAGCAAAUGCAAAUCCUCCCUUUUAGAUAAAUUGGCAAUUUAAAAAAUGCAGCAUAGGGUUAUCUAUUUGUCAUUGUUGUGAUUAAAGAAGGCAGAUACAUUCAGAGCCAGUAUAUUGUAGUGGAAAAACAAUUGGCUAUUUAUUUAUUUAUCAUCCCAAUAAAAAAUAAAAAUAUGAUAAUGAUUAAAUGGCUCUGAAAGGAAAAUUGAAUUAAUAUGUUCCAUUAUAUUUCAUUUUGGAGCACCGUCCUCUAUUCUUUCUCUGUGGCUGUCAUAGACAUCAACGGUGCUCAGAAGAGUAGCUCUCUUUCUUCCCUGCUCUUAAAGUGAGCACCGCUAUUGAACAUCUUCUGGGUUGGUGUGUGCCACUGGCAUGGUUAGACAUGUGCAGAUUAGUUUUUAGUUAUUGAUAAGGUCAUGAAUAAAGCAGUAGCCUUAAGGUGGAUACAGUAGGGGAAUGGAGAGGACCACCACUGCUGGGAGUGGUAAGGAGUUAAAUAUUAGUUUAAUUUGAGAUUUCAUUUGAUAUACUUUAUUGGUUAUGAUUUAUCCAUUCUUUCCUUGUUACAGUGCUCUCUCUAUCUAAGUCAGCAAAGUGUGACAGUCUCAUUGCCCCACCUUGCCAUUCAUCACCUGAAAUGUUUAAUUUCAUUUUUGCAGUGUACCUUUUCACACUAUCACACUUUAUCUAAAAAAUUUUCCUCCCUGCUACCUACCGUCUGUGUGGAGGAAAACCUUGUUAAAAGAUAUGUAUCAUCUAAAUCAAGUGUCAGUUGCUUUUGCACACAGAGCUAAAUUGAGUGGAAGGGUUCCCAACAAUUGAGUUAUACCACUAUUAAUCCACUUAGAACUUUCCAGAUGGGUGCCUCUGCUCAUUAAGGGCCUUCAAACUCACCAACCACACACAGUCUAUUAGUCCAACUUGUCAAAUAGAGUCAUUUAAGACGAGCGUCAAAAUCAUGUUUUAAUGAAUCACUCGCUGCACUUAUUUAGGUUGAAAACAAUUAUAAAUACCUAACAGUGUCGCUCUCUAUUCUAUAAGCAAAUGUUACCAUGCCCACCACAUGACUUUGAUUUCAUUCCACACAUCAUUUGGGAUUUUAAUAUUCUUGGUUAAAAAAAAUACGACAUGAAAUGACAUUAGAGCUGGUGACGUGUUUCCAUGGCAACACAGCUUUCUGUCUUUAUGUAUGUUAGUGGAUCCUUCAGGAUACUUUGGAAAAGAGUGUGGUGGGGAAGGAAGGAAGGAGGCAGCUGCCAUAGACCAGCCUCAAUUCUUGACUGACUGUGGCAUGCCCAUCCCCAUCCCCCUCCCCUUUACCCAAACGUACUUAUCCAUCUAACCAUCAACCCCCCGUGAAGAUUUCUCAUAAAGGAAUGCUGAAGCCAAACGAGAAUUGUCUUGGUGGUGUGGUUUGAUGUGGGUGUUAUGUUCGCAUAUCGUACCCUGGUAGGUUUGUCCCUCCUGGGUCAUCGUCAAUGUUCCCUCAAAAUAAUUCAGCUCUGAGCAAAUUUCAGGUCUGCUGAGCACAAACUUGAACGUUGUGAAAAUUCCAGUGAGCAUUUACUGCAAACACUGAGGCUGUACCCACUUUAAGUUACAGUUUUAACAGUGGGCAAGUAGGCUACUGUGGCUAUUUGAUCAUAAUGUAGGCCUACCAGAGUGGCCUACCAUCAAAACAUGCAUCCCAUAACAUUUGAACAUGGAAAUAGCUGUUCUAUCAUUCAGCCUACAGUAGCAGCCAAUGUGUGGUGUUCAAUGUAGGCCUACAUUCCAUGAGACUUUUGGAAAAAAAAACAUACAGGGCUUGACAUUAACCUGUUUAUCCACUUGUCCUUCAGACAAGGAGGUGACAAACAUUUUUGUUGUGUUGUUUGAUGCAAGAAACCACUUUACAAAAUAAAAUGCAUUAUUAUUCCCAUACCAUUAUUACAGACAAUCAGACAAAUUAUGCUACCCUCUGCCUAUUGGCUACAGUACUUAGCUUAUUCAAGCCUGUCUCAAAAUGUAACACUGCCCCUUUAGGACAAAAAUAAAUGCUCUUUACCUGACUCGCUUUUCAAAGAUGUCUAGAAAUUUAUUUAUUUUUUGCUCUUGUAGGAAGCAAUCACUCCCCUAUUGCUGACUACAAAUUAUCUAUAACUGGGCUAAUAACUCACUAACUAGCAAAGGGUAUGAAAAAAUGUGCACCCGUGGCUACAUGCAGCUCUCGCUUUGAUCUCAAAACAAGCACAUCUACUCACGACCGCUUACGCUGUAAACACAGUCCAGUUCAAAGUAAUGACACAGAUCCAUAUAUGGCAAUGGUCUAUUUGCAUAUAGGCCUACUGCAGCUCUGAUUGUUUAUGCCGCACCGGUCUGUGUAGAGUACGGGCUGAGUCGUGAGUGUCAAUGCAAUAGAAUCCUACUCCGAUGCGUUCUGCCUACAACAAAAUCUCUUGCAUAGUUAGUUUUGUUUUGGUAUGUUGGAUUGAAAGUGGCUAAUAUUGCGUUGAUUCAAUCAUAAUUGCCACAGUAGUGAAAUGUUGAUAGUGUUAACAGGGAAAAUUCUAGAACAGUAGCCACCAACCUUUUCUGAGUGGUAGCCGAGAUCUACCACUCAGAUUUUUUUUACAUGACUUAAAAAACGUAAGCCUAUGCAACAUUAACCAAUUAAAAACAGUGCUGUAGUAAUGAGUUUUGUGCAGUAAGCUAUAGGCCCAAUACAUUAUUACCGCCUAUUGGCUUUGCUUGAAUUGCCCUGCCAAUGCAUUGUCGUUCGGGCCAUUUAAAAAAAGUAUAUUUCUACAUUUGAGGUAGGCUAUCUGAUCACACCGGUAACAGAUCCGUUGUUGUAUUACUUGUGAAGCACAGCUGAGUGAGCAUACAUUUAAAUAACUUGCUUUUUAUUUUACUGGGCUGAUGGUGCCUGCAUCUGAUGGUCAGUCUCAGCGGAGGGAGAGAGCAGCAGACUGAGGGUCCACCUCUCAACAUCCCUCCGCUCUCCCUUUCCUCCACUGACAUUGACCAAAAAGGGACACCGUCUUCCAGCUGAUGGCGAAACUCGAGUCGCACCGCAUUAUUUCUGCCUCAUGCACAAAUUCAUGUUGUUACUCCUAUGAACAGAGAAAGUGACAUAUUCCUGGAUAUUAAAAAAGACCCAAGCCACUAAUAAUAGCAACAACGCAAGCCUAUAGAUACACUUUCCUACUCAUUCAUUACUGCUGCAGUACUUGUGAAGCGCUAAGUGGAAAUAGGUGUUUGGUGCAGUAUUUCUCAAGUAAAAAAAAUUGCAUGAAAAACUAGUCAGUGUAUUGCACACAGUCUAUCGAAUCGGGAAAGUCUGGAUGCACGCUCAGGACUGAUUUCUGAGAACGACAACAUGUCUACAACUUCAUCAUCUGCAAGCUGUGAAACGAUGGUAAAUAAAGCACAAGCUACACGCUGUUUAUCAGUGCCCAAAAUCACUUGCCAUACGAGUUUAAACUUUUUCAAUGAAGCUAGCAAGUAAUGUUAGGAACUAGCAGGCACAUUGAGCAGCCAGGCCACAAUCAGGUCACUGUUGAGUGUCGACGUGUGUGCUUCGGUGCCAUUUGGUUUUUAAUAACUUUCUCACUAUCAAUUACCAUAGUGUGCAUCUGUUUGGCAGUGCUUCAUAGGGAAUCAUGUUACAAAACAAUAUGAGGGGGGACACAAGAUGUUCGCAAAUGGGUUUUGGAGUAUUGAAAAGUUGCAGUUGGGAUACAAGUGCGUUCUGAUCGUCUCAAUUCUCAAGUAAUUGACACUAUCAAACACAUCAGCAAGUGCCCAUUCCAUGAAGGGCUUAGGGCCAAGGGUUAUUUCAACAUAACACUGGCGAUGUGUUGACUUACAGUGCCUUCGGAAAGUAUUCAGAUCCCUUGACUUUUUCCACACUUUGUUACGUGACAGCCUUAUUCUAAAAUGGAUCCUCAGCAAUCUACACACAAUACCCCAUAAUGACAAAGCGAAAACUGUUUUUUAUACAUUUUUGCAAAUGUAUUAAAAAUAAUAAACAGAAAUACCUUAUUUACAUACACUACCAGUCAAAAGUUUGGACACACCUACUAAUUCAAGGGUUUUUCUUUAUUUUUACUAUUUUUUACAUUGUAGAAUAAUCGUGAAGACAUCAAAACUAUGAAAUAACACAUAUGGAAUCAUGUAGUAACCAAAAAAAUGUUAAACUAAUCAAAAUACUGUAUAUUUUAGUAAAGAUAUGUAAAAAUAAAGAAAAACCCUGGAAUGAGUAGGUGUCCAAACUUUUGACUGAUACUGUAAGUAUUCAGACCCUUUGCUAUGAGACUCGAAAUUGAGCUCAGGUGCAUCCUGUUUCCAUUGAUCAUCCUUGAGAUGUUUCUAAACAUCAUUGGAGUCAAUCUGUGGUAAAUUCAAUUGAUUGGACAUAACUUGGAAAGGCACACACCUGUCUAUAGAAGGUCCCACAGUUGACAGUGCAUGUCACAGCAAAAACCAAGCCAUGAGGUCGAAGGAAUUGUCCGUAGAGCUGCGAGACAGGACUGUUUCGAGGCACAGAUCUGGGGAAGGGUACCAAAACAUUUCUGCAGCAUUGCAGGUCCACAAGAACACAGUGGCCUCCAUCAUUCUUAAAUGGAAGAAGUUUGGAACCACCAAGGAUCUUCCUAGAGCUGGCCGCACAGAAAGACUGAGCAAUCGGGGGAGAAGGGCCUUGGUCAGGGAGGUGACCAAGAAACCGAUGGUCACUCUGACAGAGCUCCAGAGUUCCUCUGUGGAUAUGGGAGAACCUUCCAGAAGGACAACCGUCUCUGCAGCACUCCACCAAUCAGGCUUUUAUGGUAGAGUGGCCAGACGGAAGCCACUCCUCAGUAAAAGGCACAUGACAGCACGCUUGGAGUUUGCCAAAAGGCACCUAAAGACUCUCAGACCAUGAAACCAAGAUUUAACUCUUUGUCCUGAAUGCCAAGCGUCACGUCUGGAGAAAACCUGGCACCAUCCCUACGGUGAAGCAUGGUGGUGGCAGCAUCAUGCUGUGGGGAUGUUUUUCAGCGGCAGGGACUGGGAGACUAGUCAGGAUCGAGGCAAAGACGAAAGGAGCAAGGCACAGAGAGAUCCUUGAUGAAAACCUGCUCCAGAGCACUCAGGACCUCAGACUGGGGCGAAGGUUCACCUUCCAACAGGACUACGACCCUAAGCACACAGCCAAGAAAAUGCAGUAGUGGCUUCAAGACAAGUCUCUGAAUGUCCUUGAGUGGCCCAGCCAGAGCCCGCACUUGAACCCUAUCGAACAUCUUUGGAGAGAAAUGAAAAUAGCUGUGCAACAACGCUCCCCAUCCAACCUGACAGAGCUUGAGAGGAUCUUCAGAGAAGAAUGGGAGAAACUCCCCAAAUACAGGUGUGCCAAGCUUGUAGCGUCAUACCCAAGAAGACUCGAUGCUGUAAUUGCUGCCAUAGUACUGAGUAAAGGGUCUGAAUACUUAUGUAAAUGUGCAAACAUUUCUAAAAACGUGUUUUUGCUUUGGCGUGAUAGGGUAUUGUGUGUAGAUUGAUGAGGGAAAAAAACUAUUUAAACCAUUUUAGAAUAAGGCUGUAACUAAACAAAAUGUGGAAAACAUCAAGGGGUCUGAAUACUUUCCGAAUGCACUGUGUAACUGGCCUAAUAACUCGCUAACUAGCAAAGAAUAUCAACAAAUGUGCACACGCGCGGCUAUGCUCUCUGAUCUGAACUGAUCUGAAAAGCCAUUCACUUGUCAGUGAUUGAAAAAACGCUUGUGGGCUACCCCCCACCGUUGCGCUCUGGCUCUGCCUACAACAAAAUCGCAGACACCAGUCUUGCAAAGUUAGAUUUGUUUUGGUUUGUUGCAUUGAAAAUGGGCUGAUAUAAUGUUGAUUUGAUCACAGAAUUUUUUUUGAUCUAUAUGGUGCAAACUAAUGGGGCUAAUUCAGCAAAGUUCAAUCUCUCUACACGGCCUGGCGUUUCUUUUCUUCUGCUCGGCAGUCUUGGAGGAGGUGCGCAGCCGCGCACGUGUGAAGCUUAGAGGGAACAUUGCUCCACAAUUGCACUUGAUGGUUGUGUAGAAACCACAUCACAGGACCAAGGUCCAGACCAAAGGCAGUAGAGUCACAAAGUUUCAGUCUAUAAAGCAUCAGGUUGAUUCUCUGUGUGUCUCAUCUCUCCAUCGCUGUCUCAGUGAACUAAGUCCUCCAAGCAGAGCAGAGCAGGGAGAGACAACGUCACAGUAGUCUAUCAACAUAUGAUGACGAGGCGAGCAUUGCCCGUUCCCUAUACCUGUACACCCAGUACCAUUGCAUUAUAACACUAUGGUGGUGGAGGAACAGUCCAUUAUAUUGGAUUCAUAAGCAGCCUCUCAUUCUGUCCCUUGAAUUGCCUUCUUUGGCCCCAGCCGAGUUCUCUGUGUAAGCUGCUGGGCUGUUUUUGUUUUGUGGUGUAAACAUCUGCAGCAGUCCGUGUGGAUGAGCAAUGCACCGACAGACAUCCCCUGAACUGCUUCUCUUCUCCGAUCCCCUACUCUCACCUCUUCUUUAACAAAACCCAUCCACAGUACAGAACGACACCCUUGCAUAAUCCUGUAGGCUUAACACCCUCCCCCUUUCUGUUUUUAAAGUCAUACAACCUUUUGUGUGCAGGUAUUAUGCAGGCUUAAAAAAAACGCAUGUGUUUUGGUGCUUUUAUAAAAAAUAUAUGUGCCUCCGCCGGCAUUACGUGACAAUUCCUAUUUCUCUGGGGCUGCAGCCUCAUUGUUCAUGUAGUGCAUGAAGUUGGAAUCAGGGAGGUAUUGGAGAAGUUGGCAAGCUUUUCGCCAGCUAAUCAAAAUGUAAUGCUCAGGCUGCCAACAUAAUCGUAGCUUUUGCUUAAUCCAUUUAAGCAAUUUUACCCAGUGACCAAUUGUGUUGGUACUGAUUCAAGAUGCGUAAAGUUACAUAUGUCAACAGCAGUGUGCUAUACUCUCACCAGAACAUCCCCAUUUUGGAAAUGGCCACGCAUACUAGACUAGGUUGGACAGAGUGUGUAGUUGUAGGAUGUAAUAUGCGUAUUUAGCCUACAACGUAAAACCCAAACAAGCAAGAACAUGAUCUAUCUAUUUCAGUCUAGAAUGUAACCCAUUCUCCCGCUCUGUCCCUACAGGGGUGACAACUGUGCUGACCAUGACUACCCUCAGUAUCAGCGCUAGGAACUCUCUCCCAAAAGUGGCCUACGCCACAGCCAUGGACUGGUUCAUUGCAGUCUGCUAUGCCUUUGUCUUCUCUGCCCUCAUUGAGUUUGCUACAGUCAACUACUUCACAAAGAGGGGCUACGCCUGGGAUGGGAAAAGUGUGGUGCCAGAGAAGGUAUUCGUAGUAUUAUUAUUAUUAUUAUUAUUAUUAUCUCACAUCAAAUAUAUUGUAUUUUUAAAUAAUUAUAUAUUUUGUGAUAUAUUAAUCAUAGAAUCCUUAGUUGCUAUCCAUUGAUAUACCAUUGAUUCUUGAAGAAUAUAAUGAAGAAAUGCCUCAUGAGCAUAGUUCAACUUCUGUACCCCAUCAGAACCCAAAAUAUAAGCUUGUUUUACUCUAAUGUUUGUAAACAACGUAAAUGUCAAAACAUGGCUGAAACUAUAUAUUUGAUAUCAUGGAUGGUCAGUCCUUGCAUCAAUAGCUCUGUCUAUGAAUUUGAGAGAGGUUACAUUUCACCAGCCCCAUCCUGUAGCUUUUUAGUGAAAGGGGGGCAGGAAGAAUGCUUUGUUAUUGUUUCAAUUAAGGAUUCUAGCUUUAAGAUAACAAAGCUCAAACAUAAUUAUCAGGGGUGUUCCACCUAAAACCAGAGCAGUUAGUUCUAUAUUAUUGGUGGAGCACAACAGUGAGGGUUAGUUUUAUGUCACUAGCUCAUCUCAAUGCAAAUGAGAUUCAUGGGACAUGACAAAAACAUUAAUAGUUUAGAGUUCCUGCCGAGUCUUCUGGUGCUCACUGUCUCACCGGUGCAGUUAGGAGUACAGUACAUUACUAUACUGUGUGGUCUCUACCUGCUCCUAAACAAAAUUGAGACAAAAUACUAGACAAACUCUUACACAAUGUCUUGCCAUUAUCACACAAUGUUUUGCCAUGUUUUUUGAACAAGCGAGAGCAGACAUCUGUACUUAUCCAUUCAGGUUGUACCCAGUUUGAAUUGUUAGCUUGUCAAUGUGCUUUGUUGGUUGGUUUCUUGUGAGAUAACCCAAGGCACUGUCUGUUUAUCCUCCUUGCAGCAAAAGAAAAAGAAAGAGUCCCUCCUGAAGAAGAACAACACCACGGCUUACACCGCCGCCACUGCUACAGCCUUCGCUCCAAACAUUGCCAGGGACCCUGGUUUGGCCACCAUUGCCAAAAGCGCCCCCCCUCCCCCCACCGAGCCCAAGGAAGAACCCAAGCCCAAGCCACCAGAGGCUAAGAAGACCUUCAACAGCGUCAGCAAGAUCGACAGGAUCGCCAGAAUAGCCUUCCCAUUACUCUUCGGAACCUUUAACCUGGUCUACUGGGCAACUUACUUGAAUAAAAAGCCCAAGUUACUGGGGAUGACCCCGGGAUCCCACUAAUCCCAAUCCCCCCUUCUCUUUUUUCCGAAUGUUUAUUUUCAGAAAACAUGGUGUCCAUGCUGGUUGAGUUCCCAGUCGCCACAUUGCUUCAAUGUCACAUACUGUACCUUCCAAGAUUUAAAAAAGAGAAAAGGUUUUAGGAUCAGAGCAAUGUGAUGACUAUAAUGGGAAUUGUUUUGGGAGGGAGGGAUUAUGCUACUAAAGGAAAUAUGCUAAAAAUAAUAUAUGAUAUACGCAAGAGAAUGCUAUUCUACAAAUUCACAUAGCCCAAAAAUUGUUAAGGAUCUAUUCUUUGUUUUAGUUUUCUGAUAUAUGUUCAGUUGUUGUUUUGCAUUAAAUCAUUGACACUGUAAAAGAAAAUUGUGUUUUUGCAUGGACUGGAAGUUUUUCUUUUCAAAGACCAAUCAAAAUUUGACUGAUGGCCUAGUUUGUUUGAUAUCAGUGACAAAAUGCUACCUUCAAUCUCCGUCAAAUAUUCUUCCAUUCUCUGUAGUUGAUAUUUUGGGGUUGUUCAUUUCCUUUUGUUGAAAGAAUCAAGAUAGGGUUUCAGCAAUAGCAAUAAAACAUGUCUCAGUGGAAACAAUGUCAUUAAUUCAUGGAUUUAAGAAGAGGAUAGAAACAAUUUGUUUAUGUGCAACAUUAUGAAUACAAUUUAUUUAGUUUUAUUGUAAAUAUUAUCAAGUGUUAGAGAUUACGUUUAAGCUUUGCAAAAUGUAACUAAAGGGUAUUAAUAUUCAACACGUGGCAGAGAAAGUUUUUCUUUUUUUAACUGUUUAUGAAACAUUGGAAAUAGUUUGUAUGAAGAGAGUAUUCACUGGUUCACUCCUAAGUGACUGUUUCUUACCAAGUCAGUGUUCCACUGAUGGCUGGUCAACGUUGCCAGUGGUUAUAAUUGAAGUAUAAGUUAAUAUCUAUUCACCCUAAAUCCAUAGCUAUGUACACACUAACAACAACAAUGUGUCAAGGUCUGGGGUGGGUUAGUAAUGAGUAAGAAUGUAAAACUGUAAAAUCUAAAUGUCGGAAUGCAUUUUAUAUUUAGAAUUAAAAAAACACUAUUAUUAUUUAUAUUGGUUUCUGGUUUCUAUGGCAAUAGAAGAACCCCUAGAGGGUCAUUUGUACAGGGCCCAGAGGACUGUCAGCAACAUUGUUUCGUUUCUAAGAGGGCUGCUAGCAGUAAGCAUUGAAGCGGGCGGGCGGUGGCAAAUGCAUUGAGAGUGAAGAGCAGUGCAUUUACAUUUUCAGGGUUGAACUAAGGAAAGGAUACUCCUUUAAUUGAUGGCACUAUGUUUUCCAUUCUGCUCUAUUCCGUGACCCUGUGAAGGCGCCAUGGUUCCCAUCUUCUGUUGACAAUGUUUUAGACAACACUCAGAAAGUACCAGCUACACUGCCUUCAGUCUCACAUGCCGUUAGAGGAAUGCUUCUUUUGGACUGCAUUUGUUGCUGCUUGAUGUUGAUGAGAGCGAAAGGGAGAUAAUACAGAGGCAUUAAACGUGAUGGGCUAGUGCUGUGUCCUACACACAGGAAAUGUCUUGUAGUUCUAUGAUAGUACUGGAUACCUAUAUUUUUGUAGCAUGAUAUCAAUCCCUCCUCAAAGAGACCCAACAGGUACUAAACCGAACAUGUAAAAAUAUUGUUGGUUUCUUUUUAUUGAUUUUAUUUUUUCACAUUCAAACAUACGCAAUGAGAUGUUUUCUCAGAUGUGGAAAGUUAAAGUUAAUUGUCCUAAAAUUCUGUUAAUGUAGCAAUAUCGAUUAGCAAGGGCUUUUAAAAAAUCUGCAUUCUCCGGUGUGAUAUCCAUAGCUUCAUGUUGACCUCAGUAAUCAUAGUUCCAUGUGUAGCAUCGGUAUCCAAAAAGUAUUUGGAUUAACGCUCACGGGCAAUGUCUUUUAGUUUUUCUUCUCCGUAGUUUUCAAGCCGUCAGCACCCAACUUGCUUUCAGAAAACCAUGAUCCAAAUUGAGAGUGGGGGCAUUGUAUGGCAUGGAUUGGGGUGUUUUUACAAUAAAUGGGGAUUGUAGUACUGGACAUUGUGCAGUGGUGACAAUAUCUCUGGACCGUGUAGACAGACUAGUGUGUAUUGUAGAUCAGUGCACAGGGGUAAGAAGGUUAGUGUAUCCCAGAGGGAGAAGGAGAGAGUCGGUUGUAUUAUGACCGAUUGAGAGGAUCCGUUGCUGGAGAUGGAAGGCUUUCAGUAUGCAAGUGCACUCAGUCUCAAACUGCGUUAGGAACACAAGUCCUGUGUGAAAUGUAUACAUGUAAAUAUAUAGAUAUUUCAAUUUAAACCUAUUGUAUGGAUGUUUAUUAUCAUGAUGAAAAAAUGAUAUAUAAUAUACAUAAUGCAUAUAUGACUAUUUAAUAUAAAAAUACUAGCUAAGAUAAUAGAUAUUGUUUGUACCAACUUAUUGUUAUACAUUUUGCACAUUAGAAGCAUCCUUUACAUUUAUGUAGUCAACUUUGUGCCAUGCAAGGUCAGCUUUGAAACACAUUCAUUAGCUUCUUUCCCUGACCAUUGUGUUUUCAAAUGAACAAGGUAUUGUAAAAAGAUGAACUCUUUAAUCAAUCAUGCACCCUUAGCCUUUUAACCAUUUUCUCUGCUGGGUAAUCGUGAAUUACUCUUCUUUAUUUUUGAUGUACAGGUCGAUCUAUUGAUGGGGAGAUGGCUUUGAAUGUCAAUUGCACCUUUUUUUAAAUAUGGCAAUAAAGUGAGUCAAUUGAAAACCACAAAAGUACUGUAUAUUAAGUUCACAUGAAUAAUUUUAUUUGAGGAUUUGCUAAUAAUCAGUGAUGAUAAAUUGCCGACUGGACAUAUAAAUGUUUUCCUUUUUCAUAGAACUUUAGCUUUAAAGAUAGCAAAAUCCCUGAAGGGUUCCUCUAUAUUGUUUGCUAAUUAAAACCUCAGCUAAAAUACAGUUCUUGACAUUCAGAGUGGAAAGUGGGCCACCACCAGUUGUUGUUAUUUUGUCAUACUAAUUUAGGAAGGCAUUGUAUCUGUUCCAGAGCACUGGCUGUAGAAUCUGUGGUACAUUUGCAAACAUGAGCUUCCAACCCCUUCUCCUUUCACAUACAGCAGCUGUAACAUGUAUAUAAAUGCAUCGCAAACCGAUCCCCUAUGUUGGAGACCAAGUAAUCCCCCAUUUAGAACUGUUGUUCUGGACAGUACUUGCUUUUCAAAGUUGGGUCUUUGAUCAAUGUUAGGUACCUGUGGGAGUUUUUUGUUUUCUUGUGUUUUAAUUUAUCAGGCAUAAAAAAAAAAACUAUUAAUUUGGAAAUAAAACAACAUUUUUUAAAGCACAACUGUUGAAGAUAUAUAAUGGAUGAGGGGUAAACGCAUCCACACUCACUGAUAUGUGUUUGUGGUAUAUAAUGUAUGAUAAAUGACAAACGAUGAUGGAGAUGGGGUAGGAUUCUGUUGGAUUGGGUGGAAAGGUGUACCUUCUGUAAAUGUUUUGUUUUGUUAUGAUAUGGCCCUCUGUAGAAUCUGUCUUUAAAUAAAAGAGAGGAAAACAGUCAUGUUGACAUUUCUAUCAAUGUGUAAUAAAUUGAAUUAUAAAAAUGCC